UCCACAGCAGUGCGCGCUGGUCCCGCAGGAAAUCAUGGAGGUAUCGGCCCUGGCCAAGAAACUGUGGUGCGUUCACAAGCAACUGAUCGUGAUUAUCACUCCGCUAUUGUUUCUGCCGCUCAUUUUUGCGCUCCCGGACAAGGAGGGAAAAUGCUUAUAUGUGGUGGUUUUAAUGGCUACUUUCUGGUGCACGGAGGCCCUCCCGUUAGCGAUCACGGCAAUGCUUCCCGUGUGCUUGUUUCCCACUCUGGGCAUCCUUCCAUCUAAAGAAGUGUGUCCUCAGUACUUCCUGGAGACUAACUUCCUGUUUCUGAGCGGGCUAGUGAUGGCGUCGUCCAUUGAGGAGUGGGGUUUGCACCGAAGAAUUGCUCUGAAGGUUCUGAGCAUCGUCGGCGUUCAGCCCGCAUGGUUGAUUCUGGGGAUGAUGCUGACCUCGUCCUUCCUCUCUAUGUGGCUCAGUAACACUGCCACAACGGCCAUGAUGCUGCCCAUUGCCAACGCCAUCCUGGAGAGUCUGUUUGGAGACCUGGAGACACUCAAAAGCAAAUGCACCAACAAAGAGGACACAGAGAAUGAUGCUCACUCCACUAAGCUGCAAUCACUUCCCUCCAUGCUAUCGGAAAAACAAAUACUAUCAAGAGAUAGUGAGGAUGCCCCCGAGACCCCAGACCCACGGAGCACAGAGGAGAUUCAGUCUGAGGCACAGUACCAGCUCCAGGUUUGGAAAGGCUUCCUCAUCUGUAUCCCAUACGCCGCCAGUAUCGGAGGAACUGCCACUCUGACCGGCACAGCACCAAACCUCAUCCUCAUUGGACAACUCAAGAGUUACUAUCCUGAAUGUGACCUGAUAAACUUUGGUUCAUGGUUUGCGUUUGCCUUCCCACUCAUGCUGCUCUUCCUGUUCGUGGGGUGGCUCUGGAUCGCAUUUCUCUAUGGAGGACUUAAUACACGGUUGUGUUUUAAAAAGGAGGACCACCGGGCGAAGGCAGAGGCCAGAGCCAAAGCCAUGAUCAUAGAAGAUUACAAAAAGCUCGGGCCCAUAAAUUUUGCAGAAGGAGCGAUCUCUUUCUUUUUCAUACUAUUUGCGGUUCUCCUGUUCACAAGAGAUCCCAAGUUUGUCACUGGCUGGGCGGUGUUUUUUAAAAAGGGUUAUGUUUCAGAUGCAGUCACUGGUGUCAUUAUUGUGUCCAUCCUGUUCUUCUUCCCAUCUCAGAAACCCUCUCUACACUGGUGGUUUGACCCUCUUGGUAACAAAACAAAUCUAUUUUCCAACACUCCGUACGUCCCUCUUUUGUCCUGGAAAAAAGCUCAGGAUUCUGUUCCCUGGAACAUUAUUCUGUUGCUGGGAGGAGGCUUCGCUAUGGCUAAAGCCUGUGAGGAGUCUGGUCUGGCCUCUUGGAUCGGAUCUUACCUCCAGCCUCUGGCUCAGGUUCCUCCAGCUGCAGCAGUGAUGCUCAUCACCGCCUUCCUCGCCUGCUUCACAGAGUUCGCCUCCAACACGGCCACCAUCAUCAUCUUCUUACCUGUCAUCGCUGAACUGGCUAAUCAUGUCUCAGUGAAUCCACUCUAUUUCAUGAUACCUGCAACAGUGGGUUGCUCCUAUGCCUUCAUGUUGCCAGUGUCCACUCCUCCAAACUCCAUCGCUUUUGCAUCGGGACAUCUCCGGAUAAAAGAUAUGGUGAAGACAGGCUUUGUGAUGAACAUCCUGGGCAUCCUGUGUGUGUCUAUGGCCAUGAACACGUGGGGCCAUGCCAUGUUUGAUUUGGGCUCAUAUCCAGAAUGGGCCCAUCCCAUUAACAGCACAGCAGGAGCCACCAGCAUCAGGCUCUCUCCCAUCCAAAACACUACGCUCUGAUCCAAACACUGCACUCUGAGCCAAACACUGCGCUCUGAACGGGGGGCUGGAGUGACUGUGAGGGGAUCCAACACUAAAGCACAUAUGGACCCAACUUAAGAAAACCUGGGACAUUUAUGGAUGGGGGGAUGACACAGGAAAAGUUAUGUAAAAUGUGCACAUGGACAACUGCGGAAGACCUCAAGGGCGUACUUUGGAAAUAGUAAGGUCCAUCAUGUCAAGUCCUGGUUUAGACCUGGUUUAGACCUGUUUUACACCUGCCUAAGAUCUGGUUAGGCCUAGUUUGGACCUGAUUUGGACCUAGUUUGGACCUGGCUGAGACCUGAUCUAGACUUGAUUUAAUCCUAGUUUAGUAUUCCUAGUUAAAUCUUAUCUAAUUUCAGGAAAAACAAAAUAACUUCCCUUGCUUCUUGAUUAACAGCUUUUAGUGCUCAUUUCAUUCAAAGUGAGAUUUUGACACAGACAGACCAUGCUUUUCUCUGGUUACUUUACUUGUCAGUCAUGUCCACCGGAACUAGGUAAGAGAAGACCCACUCCCAGGCUACUUAAAUCCUGUUUUAAUGCUGGUUUGGUCUUUACAUUGUUAUUUUGUUGUAUUGUAAAAAAUACUGAGAUCAGGACCUAUGAGCAAAAGUGGCAUUUUACUGUGUUUGUUUAUGCAAAUGAAAUUGAACUGUGAAAUUAUAUUGUAAAGUUAAAAUACUAAAAAGUAUGAUUUGUAAGUGAUUUCUAUACAUACUGUAAGUAUGUUACCAGUCUUAGCUAAAGUACCUUUAGUAGCUACUAUUACAGUAUAAAGUAGUUACAAUGAAUGUAACUGAAAUAAAUCUGCUACAGUAAUGUAUAUUUGUGAAUAAUAGUUGAUUACAUUCUACACCUUUUUUAAAAUACAAUUCCACCUCAAAAAAUUAUUUUAUUUUCUGAAUGA